AAAGUACUUUUGAGCACAAUUCCAGUUUCUGAGAAUAAGCAACGGCACACUGGAACUUCGCGGCCCCGUUUAUUAGGCGAUCCGCGUGUCCACCCGUUAACGGCGCGCCUCUUGUCUCCAGUGGCUUGCACAAUAACAUCGCACCGGUUCCGGCGGUUCGGAUAAAAGAAGCUCGAAAAUGAUCCGCGGAGCGGUGCAAGGUUGCCGGUCGGGCCGCUCGCUCUACUCGUCGCUGGCCGCAACGAAAGGAUCGCCAAAGCUGGAUGAUUUCCGAACGAUUGAGCAGGACGUGGAUCGGCACGGCCCCACCACCGUCGGUCGCUUCUACACGAUACCGAACGACGUGCGUAAGCAGCUCUUCAGCCACGGGGGUUUGCCGAAGAACUUUGAAAAACAGAUCAAAACGUUCAACGAAUGCUGCCUGAUGGUGCGUCGGCCGGCACUGGAAAUUAUCGACCACCUCCGGCGGACCGACUUUGAGCGGCCCGUCAACCGGUUCGUGCUGUACGGUGAGGACGGAGCGGGCAAGUCGCUCUGCUUGGCACACCUGCUGCACUACGGCCACCAGCAACAGUACGUGCUGGUGCACGUACCGUGGCUACCGAACUGGCUGAAGCGCCCCAAAGAGACGGCCAACUCGAGCACCACCGAGGGCUCGCUCGAUCUUCCGCUGGACGGAGCGGCUUGGUUGGUGCAUUUCAAAAACCAAAAUGGUCCGCUCCUCGACCAACUCGCGCUGACCGUGAGCCGGGACUACGUGUGGACGAAGCGCGAGACGACACCGGCCGGUGCGCCGCUCGUGGCGCUCAUCGACCACGGCAUCAAUCGGGCCAAAUUUUCGUGCGACGUGAUCGCCGGCCUACUGAAGGAACUGAAGCAACACUCGACGGCGGGACGGGCCCGCACGAUGGUGGUCAUCGAUGGGUACAAUGCGCUGUUCCAUCCGCAUACGCGCAUCCUGACCGAAAACAAGGUUCGCCUCACGCCCGAUCGUAUUACUCUGACCGCACCGUUCGUGGACAUUACACGUAACGAUUGGACGAACGGAGUGUGCGUGCUGGCAGUGGACCGACUUGCCCUGACCGAGGACCGGAUGGCCUCCUGUUUGCCACUGUACCUGCUGUACCGCGAAGGCUUCGAGCACCUGGACCCGAUGGUUCCGGUGCGCGUGGACGGUUACGAUGACACCGAAUUUCACAGCUGCAUCCAGUACUACCUCGACCGGAAGUGGAUCCAGAGCACCGAGCAGCCCGGUUUCGAUGUGGAGCUAAAAAUGCUAAGCUGCCAGAAUCCCUACCAGUUGAUGCAGCUAUGUGCCUCGCUGUGAGGAGGAGCGAGCCGGAGAAAGAACCGUGUAAGAAAAAGCCACUUUUAGGAACGCGUAAA